CCGACUCCAACCAACAGCAGCUUCUCUUUCCAACUCUUCUGAGGUGCGUCCACUCUGCAUCCAAACUUAAGAUUACCGAUAGUUGCAUUUUCCUCAUCCACCCUGAACUAUCACCACCAUGUCUGAUCAAGGCGCCACACCGACUCCCUCCCCUGCGCCCCCUAUUCCCACUGGACCCCCUCCGAAGGUGACGAACCGUGGCCGCAGCGCAGUUCCCAUCGCCAGCUCCAACUCUGACACAACAGAGAUACCUGAGUUUGAGCCCUUUGUUGCACCGGGCCCGAGAGGAUUUCCACCUCUGACUGAGUAUCUUGACAUCUAUAAUGUGGACAUGAUGAGUGGUCCAGAUGAGAUCAACAAGCAGCAACACCACACCACGUUGUACUUCACUAAUUAUCUUGUGGUCCGUCGAGGACAAGAGUUCCAGGUCAAGAUCACUUUCAGUCGUCCCUACAAACCUGCUGAAGACAAGUUCGCUGUGGAGUUUACUAUUGGCUCCAGCCCUCAGUACAGCAAGGGCACCUAUGUUCCUGUCUUUCCCACCAAGGGUCGUCAGAGCUCCUGGGAAGGCCGCAUCACAGAAACCUCUGACAAAACCGUCACCAUGUGUAUCACUCCUGCGGCAAACUGCAUUGUGGGGAAGUACAACUUCUACGUCGCUGUGCAGACGCCCUACGGCCUCCGCAGGACAAGACGGGACGACAGCCGUGACCUCUACAUCCUCUUCAAUCCCUGGGCGGCAGCUGAUGCUGUGUUUCUGGAUGAUGAGAAAGAGAGGGAGGAGUGCGUGAUGAAUGAGAACGGGAUCAUCUACCACGGUGCAUUCGAUGACAUUAGUGAGAGAAACUGGAACUAUGGGCAGUUUAACAAUGGAAUCCUGGAUGCCUGUCUGUACAUCAUGGACAGGUCUGAGAUGCCAAUCACCAACAGAGGAGACCCCAUCAAGGUGACCAGGAAGGCCUCUGCUAUGCUGAACUCUCAUGAUGAUGAAGGUGUGCUGGUGGGGAACUGGAGCGGCGACUACACCUACGGAGUGGCGCCCACCUCCUGGACUGGCAGCACAGACAUCCUACUCAUGUACACCAAGAGCAAGAUGCCCGUAUGCUACGCUCAGUGCUGGGUCUAUGCCGCUGUCUUCAACACCUUCCUGCGCUGUCUGGGCAUCCCAUCCCGGGUCGUCACCAAUUACUACUCCGCUCAUGACAACGAUGGAAACCUGAAGACUGAUAUCAUCCUGGACGAGAACGGCAGGGUCGACCGCAGUCGCACCAGAGACUCUAUCUGGAACUAUCACUGCUGGAAUGAGUGCUACAUGUCCAGACCAGACCUGCCAGCUGGCUUUGGAGGCUGGCAGGUUGUGGAUGCAACACCACAGGAGACCAGUGAUGGCAUGUACAGAUGCGGUCCUGCAUCAGUCCAAGCCAUCAAACAUGGGGAGAUAUGCUUCCCAUUUGAUGCAGCCUUUGUGUUUGCUGAGGUCAACAGUGAUGUGGUGUUUUAUUCCCGGAGAAAAGAUGGGACCAUGGAGCCCGUCAGAGUGAACCGGGCUCAUGUAGGCCGCAUGGUUUUGACCAAAGCUGCAGGAGACAUGACCCGCCGGGACAUAACCAAUCACUACAAGUUUCCUGAAGGCAGUACAGAGGAGAGGACUGUCCUGGAAAAAGCAGAGGAGUACGGCUGUAAACAAGAGAAGUCUAAUCCUCCGCUGGCUGACGUGGAGCUGGUCCUGCCCACCCUGGAGAUCAGCAUGGGUGACAACUUCGAGCUAAACCUGGAACUUAUAAACCGUAGUGACGAGAACCGCAUCGUGAACACCUACAUCAGCGGGACUGUGGUGUAUUACACCGGAGUCACCAGCACUGAGUUCCUGUUCAGGAAUCCCACAGUGACGAUUGACCCCAACAAAAGUGUGAAGGAGUUGGUGAUGGUCGAGUCAAAGAACUACAUGAAGCAUCUGGUGGAACAGGCCAACCUCCACUUUAUUGCUACUGGGAAGGUCAAGGAGACCGGCCAGAUCAUCACCGCCAUGAAAGUCGUCACCCUGCACACUCCCAAACUCACCAUGAUGCUGUCUGGAGUGCAGAAAGUGAAUGAAGAGAUGACGGUGACUGUGGAAUUCACAAACCCCUUCAGCUUCAGCCUGGAGGGUGUCUACAUUCGCAUGGAAGGACUUGGGAUCAUGCAGACCAAGUCCAAAUAUUACAGUCUGAUCACAGGAGGCUCCUCCCUGACCUGGACCGAGUUUUUCACCCCGCAGAGGGCCGGCAGUACCCGGGUGUUCGCUACUCUUGACUGUCCUGCUCUCAGGCAGGUCUCCGGCCAGGUGUUUGUCAACAUCGAGCCCUGAGGAUGACAGGGAUGAGGAUCCCUGAGCCCCAACGUCAUUCAUCUAAUUUACACUUCAGCCCAAAUAUAGGUCGAUAGCAUUUAACUGUAGGUUUAUAAUAAACAGUUGUGGCUUCAGCAUGUAUGAUAACAAUGGUGAUAGUUUUAGUCACAAGCAAAUAGAGAAAAGAUCUGUUAGAUCUAAAGAAUACAGUGCUUAAAAGUUGUCAAUGCAAGUUUUAAAAGAGGCUUAUAAAUACGUUCUGCCAUAUGAAGUAUUUUGACAGUUAAAGGGCAACUUUUUUACAAGAGCAAUCGAUCCAAGUUGAAAAUCUUCGGUGGAUAUGAGCUAUGACCGACCCAUUUCAUGCUGUUUCAUUUGAUUAAUGCAGCUUAAACUUAUUAUGCAACAAUUAAACUAAAGAUCAAUAUUUCUGCUUGAGCACUGUAGCACUCUUUCCACCUCUUUAUAUCUGUAAAAUCUUUUUCAUUGUACCAGAACAAAUGCAAAUAUCAACCAAAAUAAAAGAUUCCCUAUGUGUA